GCUGCCGCCUGCUCCGGCUCCUCCUCCGCGCGCAGCAGGUGGAAGCAGUGCUUCGCCGCGCCGCCGGCAGCGUGCCGAGCCCCUCGCCGCGCCGCGCCGCGCCGCACCGCAGCUGGCGGGCACGGGACGGGCUGGGCUCGGGGGAGCCGGCCGAGAGGGGUGCGGCGCCGCCCGCCCUGCUCCGUCCCGGCUGCGGAGGAGCCGCUUCCCCCUGCGCUGUGAGGGCGCCCGGUCGCCUCCGUCCUGCUGGCGUCGGAGGAGGGGGCGCCGGGCGGGGGGCUCUGCUCGCCAUGGCCUUUACCUUCGCCGCCUUCUGCUACAUGCUGUCGCUGGUGCUCUGCGCCGCCCUCAUCUUCUUCGCCAUCUGGCAUAUAAUCGCCUUUGAUGAGUUACGGACAGACUUCAAAAGCCCCAUAGAUCAGUGCAACCCAGUCCACGCAAAAUGCAUGCAGGAAAUAUGCCUUUAUAUGCACCAGAUUCCAGUCAUUUGGUCUCUUCCUAAAACUUGUAAAAUGAUUAAACUGGCAAUCAAAUUGGUCUCCAGGAUAAAAAAGUUAAAAUUUCAAGAGCGGUUGAGAAAUAUUGAGCGUAUUUGCUUCCUCCUGCGAAAGCUGGUGUUGCCGGAGUACUCUAUCCAUAGCCUUUUCUGCAUAAUGUUUUUGUGCGCUCAAGAGUGGCUCACACUGGGGUUAAAUGUUCCUCUGCUUUUUUAUCACUUCUGGAGGUAUUUUCGUUGCCCAGCAGAUAGUUCAGAACUAGCAUAUGAUCCACCUGCAGUCAUGAAUGCAGAUACCUUGAGUUACUGUCAAAAAGAGGCCUGGUGUAAGCUAGCUUUCUAUCUCCUUUCCUUCUUCUACUAUCUUUACUGCAUGAUCUACACUUUGGUGAGCUCUUAAUGAAAAGAUCAUCGUUAAAGACUGAAAACAACAAAGGCUGGAGGUGCAAGGACAAGUCAGCCAAGUGAUGCAUGAUUUUUAAAAAAAAAAGACAUUGAAAACUUUGAACCCAAGAAGUAAAUAGAGCAAGUGAAGGAGAGACCCAGCAAGAAGGAUGGCUAUCUGAAGAAGCAGAAUAUCAUGUGGAGAACUGCUGAGUUAAUUUUGUUUAUCUCUUGUUUCCCAGUGUAUUGCAGUUGGUAACUUUCAAACCCAAACAAAACAAAAAACUAUGACAAGGUGGGCCGAGUUAAAGAAUUAUACACUUCUUCAGGGAUAAUGCUGCUUGGUUAAAUGAAUUCUUCAUAAUCUGUAGCCCAGGGAGCAAAGUUGCUUUUCUUAAUGACUGUUCUGUACUGAGGAAGCAGAAGGCAAGAUCAGCUUACAAGGAAGGAACAGCUAUAUAAUACAUUCUGAAAAUGAGCACUGACUGGAGUUCAGAUAAGAUGUAUGACCGUUCUCCAGGAAUGUUCACAUGACACUAAUCAAACAGGGAUGUUGGAUCCUGUGAAGUUGUUUCAGUGUUUGUUUUCUUCCCCACCCAUAGCAACAAUAACAAAUUUGCAACCGUAGUGUUCUAAUUUCUAAUGAUAUGCUAUUUCUGUAGGUGAAUAUCUGGUAUUUUUGUACUUCAUUUGUUAUGCACCAGUAAGAUAUAAUGGCAUGUAUAAAUAUAUUGAACUUAAUUUAGAUAAAGUACUUAUCAGGACAGUAUUCCUCUAAGUACAAAAAAUGGUGGGAAAAGCUACAUAUCUUAAGGAAGAUUGUAACACAAAUGUUGUAUCCACUGGAAUGGUGGAUAUGAAACACUGGACCAGGUGAUCUUGGUCUGUAAUUCUAAUGCACAGCUUUAUUUUUGCUGUCAGAUGAAACUAAUGUACAAAAUGUUUUUUCUCAUAUGAGGUGGGUGUUGAAAGAUGCUUCUCUUUUAUAAUUUAAAAAAAGUUUUAUCAUCUAAUUCAUAUUUAAAUUCAUAUAUGUGGGUUGUAUAUCUUCAUAUAUAUGUAUAUACACACACAUCUACAUAAACACAGUCUAUUUAUAUAUUAAGUUAAUCUAUUUGAUUUAACAAAUCAAAGCCAUCUUGUGUCCAGCACUGCUGUUAAAUCUGUUUCAGCACUGAACUUAGUGAACUGGGGCUGGUUCCCACAGUCACUAAGCUAUUUCAAUGCAAGAGCUGCUGUUCUGGGUACCAGGCACACUUACAAGAUCAAGAGUAGCACCAGGGCAUGCACAGACCGCACCUGGGUCUUGCACUGUGAAUGAGCUAAUCAGACAUGUUGCUGCCAGUAAUGCUGUGGAGCAAAGUGCAGGGAGACCCACCUGUAAGGAGACAGCCUGGUUACAGCUUGACUUGUUGGCACUAGGUCACUAGUACUCUGCCAGAUUUGGUCUGGCUAUUGCAGAGCCAGUAGACCGUUGCUCUACCAAAUUCUGAGGACUUGUUAGUCUGGGCACAGGACUGCAGAAGGAGAGAAUCCAGUCUCAGGUCCAGCACUGUCUCUGUGCUGAACCCUAUUUUAGAUCAUGGUGCAGAAGUAAUGGCUGAAUGGAGUUCAGCUUAUGUCUGGCAAGGUCAAAACUGAGCUGAAGUUACUGCCUCAGUACAGUGCCAAGGCUCUUUCUGGUAUGACCUGGCUAUGCUAACAAAGUUAAAUUUUCUUAGCCUGCAAAGCACAGUAGCUGCAUGCAAACUGCCUGAUGCUGGUCUGUGCCCACUCCCAAACCAUGCCUGAGCAUUGGUUGGAAGAGCGCUAGCUGUCCUGGGCAAAACGUAUGCUGGGGCCAUUCUAACAACAGUUAGAUGGUCAAGUUAUUCUAAGCACUAAGACUCUCUAAUUCAGAAGUACAGACAUAGCCAGUAAGUCUUGUGGGAUCCAGAUGAACUCCUUAUAACCAAGCAUUCUCUGUUCUGGAAGCACACAGCAAAGCUGCCAAAUCAGGUUCUUGGGAAGCUAAUUUGAGUCUGAAAUGGCUCAUUGGUUUGGACUGCACAUACUACAAAAGUGAGCUGGCUGCUCCUGAAAUCACAUUGACCCUGAAAAUAGUAUAAAUGUAUUUGCUUGGGGUGUGCUUGAGCUAAGAAACUGCUGGAUCGUCACAGAGCUAAUUCUGACACAGCUCUGCUAAUGAUUAAUGCAUAACCCAUAAAAAGCUGAAAAUUAUCUGUAACUGAAUUCCUUCUUCACAUCCUAACUGAAGUAUCUUGUUCUACAGAAGCAUACGAGCUAGAUUCACAGGAGCAAAUCAGCAUCACUGUGCUAACUUCCAGGCAUCUUGCUACCUCAUAAAACUAACAACAUUGAGUAACUAACUAAAUCUUUCCAUGCAUUAUAUAGGAGAGACAUUUCCUCAACACUUCAGUUGGAUUCACAGCAGCCAGUAAACUGAGCAGAGUGCUAAGAAAGCUGGAGGGAGAGAGAGGCUAUUUUUCUCAAAGUUAAUCAACAGUUAAAGGCACAUCUGUUAGGAUGCGUAGGAGGUGGGAAAAAAUGAAUUUAGGUUUCCUACAUUCCAGAAGUGCGAUUUAAAGUCAGUUUCACCAAAAGUCCUGGCAGUUUUUUAUGAGACAAUGUGUAGAAGUAUGAUGGGGUCUUGCAGAACGGCUAGGCAGGAGAACACCUAAUUUAUAAAUCCUCCUGAGAUUUCCAUGUGAAGUAGGCUACAAACAGGUCAGUUGCUUUCCUGCAGGACUGGGCAGAAGCUGUGUGGGUUCUUGUGGCUGCUAUUGGCAUCUAAUUCUUGACUUUGGCACACAAAGAGGCACUCACAUACGUAGGUCUUCUGAAUGUAGCUUCAGGUGACUUCAAAGACAUAACGCUUGAAUGGACCUGCUAGGUCCCUCAAAACAAGUUCUGUAUUUCAGGUGACCUCAUCAGUAUACUUGUGAAACUCCACCAGAAAGCAAGUAAUCUUAUUUGAUCCAACUAUUGCUAUUAGCGUUUCUAAGAUCUCACUGCUCUGAUGGUGGGAAUUUUUUUCUCAUUUCCAGUUUAUACUUAUUUGUGGAUAAUAUAUUCCAUUUGCUCCUGAGUAAACAUUAUCCUAAAUACCCCUUGUCUUACACUGUUUAACGUGACAUAUACAGAGAGCAGACCUUUUCAACCUCCAUUCUGUUAGGAUAAGUGAUCCAUCUCUUCUUGCAUCCUCCCAUAGAAAAGCUCUCUAUUCUUCAUGUCUUAUUUAAAGGAUUUCUCUGACACCUUUCCAGUCAAAUUAAUCUUUCUUGGGAGUGGAUGACCAGAGUUGUGCAUCCAUCCGUGUGACCAGAGCAGAGUAUUUUCAAGAAUAUCUUACCCUAACUAGUCCUUACUAAGAAGAAGAAUGGACAAUUUUUUUUAGCUAAAUUUCUCAGUUUUACUUAUAAUCCUUAUUCAUAAAAGUAAUCCCACUGCCCUUCAUAGCACUUUGUCUCUCUUCAAGAAAAAUUUCAAUUUAAGUCAAUGGAAAAAUCAUUUAACGUGAGGAUAGUUUCCCUUUCAUUGAAUUUAGAGAAGCUCCUCCAUGAGCAGAAAGUAUUUAUGAGACUGGCUAAAGCAUUAAUUUGAGGAUGUGUUUAAUGUAAGGCAGAUAUCUCCAACCCAGAACCCAUGGAUAAUAAGACCCUCUAAAUUUCAAGAAUCUGCUAAUGCUGUGGUCCACACAGAGUACAGUGAGAUACUGUUUUCAGCAUGUUCCUUGCUCUGUGUUGUUACCCACAAGUUGGAGGAUGCACUAAGGAAAUCUUCAUGACUUAGGUUAUUAACUCUGUCUCCAAUGCCACUCUCCUGGCAGCGCUGAGGAUAAGUCUGUGUUGCAUGGAGACACUGAGGUCACCAGAGUAGCGACAGUGGCAGGUAGAUUUGAAUACCGUAUUCAUACCGGCAUUCAAAUUAGUCAUUUUCUUCUAAUGAUAUGUUUGUCUCCCUGUAUUUUCUUUUUAAAGUCAGGUAGCUUUAUUGCAUAAUAGAAGGUGUAUCAUUACUGUAAAAGGUUGAGAAAUUACCUGGGAUUCUUCUGUGUUGUGGCUGUGUGGCCUGGUCUCUGAACAGCUGCACCUAUGUGUGGUGGAUGCUUUCAAGACUAGAUUUGUCAUUUUCUCUUUUAGACUUGCUAGCCAUAUUUUAAGAGAAGCGGUAUGAAUAGAGUAAGGAAGGAGGAGAUAAAAACUAUUGAUUCUUCUCCUAAUUCUUGGUCAUGUUGCUGGCUAAACGCACUAGCUAAGCGUACUUUGACACAAGCAAGGGAAGGACAGGGCUGCCUUGCCGUUGGUGAAGAGCAGGAAAAAUGCUGUGAUUUUCAUUCACAAGGUGGUCUCUUCCCUGUGUCACAGUUUUAAGAAAGAAAUAACCUAUACUAUCCAUUUGGCCUCCAACUUUUCUUUUUUGGUUGGUGCAGGCUAAAGGGGCCCUGUCAGUAUGCCUUGCCCCUGCCUGCUCACUUCCUAUCUGUUUUCACAGAAAGGUAAAUGUCACUACUGAGGAGCAGCAGCUUUCUUCUCUCACAUGCUCUGCUGAUGCAGGUAAACCCCAUGCAGGGCAUAAGAAAGCACAUUAUGUCCGUUUGGUCUCUUGAAUGUGCAUGCAGUGAGCACAUGAUUAAAUGAUUGUUUAUUUUCCUUGUUUUCACCAUCUGUAAAGUGAGAAUGGCAAUUUCUAGCUUGUGAAAUCUUUCCAUACAUAUAAUACUUGUUUUUCAUAAUUGUUGAAUAUGUUUAAAGGAAAAAGGUAGGAGAUGGAAGAAAAAAUGUGUGUGGAUGAGAGCUGAGAUGCUUGCCGAAGGGUUAGGUACACAGUGUGCUAGCCUGUAACUGCCUGUUUGUGGAUGUGAUGAAAAAGAUGCCCUGUUGGUCAGGUGUUAUCCUUUGGUUCUGCCUGUCCUAUUUAUAGUCACAGUAGUUGCAGUGAUGUUGAAUAAAAUCAUUGCUGCUAUGACUGUUUUGGUCUCAAAUACAAGUCAAUGCUGAUAGCAAAGUGCUUCAACUACAAGUGAUUAACCGCCCAUAGGCUGUCAUAAAUAUUUUUCCAUCUGUUUCCUCGGGCCAUACGCUUCCUUUUGCACAAAGCCAGUGAAAGCGAAGAAAAAGUUCUUCAACCUACACCUUCUUACAGAAACUACUGAGGUUCAUAUGAUCUAGCACUGCUGUGGGGGUAAUGAUUGCUCAUGCAUAGUAUGGGUGUUAGCAGAUCUGUUGCUUUUUCUUUCUCCAUUCUGUCUCCACAAAGACAUUUUUGUAACAACAUGGAAAUAGCAUGCAGACUUACAGUCUGCAAGUGUAGAGUCCACAGAAACAUUUUUUCAGUUCUGCCUAAGAACUACUCUAGUUUCUUUAUAUCUGAGAAGCCUUCACCCUUUUUUUACAGGGCGUGGUCCGAAGUCCCUUAAAGUUAGAGGAGGUUUUCCAUUGUUUCAAAUGGACUUCAGGUAAUGACUCUAGAGAUACAUGGGAAAUAGGUCCACAGUGGAAAGUCCUUCAAGAUUUGGAGGUAGAGAUCCUGCCUUUUAACUCUGACAUCACAUCCACUUAACUGAAUUGUCUUAAUGGAAGAGGAACAUGCAUUUCAGGGGUAAGUGUAAUAUUUCAGUGCUCAGCCAGACUGCUACAGAAAGUUGGAUAAAAUCCUAGCUAUUGGGUAAAAUCUUGGCUUCACUGAAGUUCAUAGAAAUUUUGCCCUUAACAUUCUGCAAUUCCCAUCAAGAAGUCAAUGCAAAUUAAAGCAGCAAUAAGUUUAACUGAUCAAAAAUGUUAGAUGUUAGAGAAAGCUUGGAUUGCUUUAAAUAGGACAGGAGAUUGAAAGGUCGAAAUAAAACAAGAUGUUUUUAUUUAGGAAGGAACAAGUGUAAGACUCCCAUCUGUGCAGCACUGAACUUUGCUUCAAUCAUCUCAAUCCAUAUUUCUGCUCUGGUGAGUUUUUUGAUCAUUCAUUACUCAUAAAAACAUUGUUCUGAUUUAUUUUUAUUAUGUACAGUAAUAGAGUUGUAGGAGUGGGAAAGAGGGGAAAUUCUGCUCUGCAAUACAGCAUUCUAAUUUUUACAGCGAGCCUUUUUUUCCCUGAGAAAGCUUGUGAACAGGCUAUAACAGAAUUCUAACAAUGUAUCUGAGUUAAUUAACCUAAGACUGGAGCUGUUUGCUGCAGAUGAUUGCUGCAGUUGAAUUAAUCUCAUUCUUAGGAAUAUUUUUAAGGGCUUACACAGUUAAAGCAGGGUUUUUUUUUUAAAAAAAAAAUCUUUAAAUUGCUGGUCAACUUCUCAUGCAAGAGAAAAUAUACUUCUAUGGCCUGAUUCUGUAUGUUUGUGAGUAGUCAAACUCCCAGUGAGGCUCUGGGGGAAACUAAGUGCUUAUGGUUUUUUUUUUAUAGUAAUGGGAUCCCAUAUAUUCAUCUGUUAUGGAAAUAGAGAGAAGGGGUUAAAAAAAGUGAAACCCCCUUACUUUGUCCAAAGCUUGAAUAGAUAUUGCUCCUUUUUUUCCCCCUGAAGUGUAUCACUGGUCACCUCCUAGAUCUGGUCAGAUCUGACUGUGCAGCUCUUACAAUAGUUAAAGUCUUGUUAAGCAGUUUUUCAGCCACUGGUCUUUGUAAUGAAACAUUGUUUGGAAAGAAAGCUCCUACAAACUAUGCUGAGAUUUAUGGAAAUGUUGUCCUAAGUAAUAAAGCCAAGAUUGAGUCUUACAGAAUAGCUCUCACUUGUCCACAAGAAUAUAUAGUACCAACCAAACUAGAAUUUCCACUCUAUCUGUAAUACAAUUCCUUUAAUACUGUAUUUUGCUUGGUGUAAAAAGCAAUAUAAAUUACAAGACAGAGGAUAAUCAGGCUACCACAGUUAGCAAAA